AACCAUGACAUUGGGGAGGACUUUCGUUAUUUGUUUGGUACAACGUACAACUGACGUUUUGCACUCUCUUUCUCUCUCUCCCUCUCUCUCUCUCUCUCUCCCUCUCUCUGAGACCCACCCAAACAACCCCAUUAUAUACUAUUUUCCCAUUUCCUCUAUUUUCUUUAUCAUUCACAGAUCUCUCUCUCCCUCCAUUUUCCUUUUUUGUUUGUUCGUUUUUGUUUUCUUUCUUUUUUAUACCUUACAAAAGAAAUCAAAGAUUUUUAAGGAAAACCCAGUUGCUAAAAUCUUGCAAAAACCCUUUUUAUCAUUUUUCAUCUGGAUUUUUUUUUUUUUUUGCUUGUUUGUUUGAUUUUCUAAAAAUUACUUUUUUGGCUGCUGAUCUUAAUUCCAUGUCUCGUACACUUGGGCUUCUGAUUCUGAACCUUGUUUUGGUGAGCUUUGGAUUUUCUUCGCCUUCUUUGGGAUCGCGUUCUAUUCUCCGAUCGUUCAACGACGACAGCGGUGAUCCUCAUGACUACGCCAUCGAAUUGAACGCCACCAAUUUUGAUGCCGUUCUUCGAGAAACGCCUGCCACCUAUGCUGUGGUUGAAUUCUUCGCUCACUGGUGUCCUGCUUGCAGAAAUUAUAAGCCGCAUUAUGAAAAGGUAGCAAGGCUUUUUAAUGGAGCAGAUGCUGUGCAUCCAGGGAUGAUAUUGAUGACACGGGUAGAUUGUGCAUCGAAGAUAAACACUAAACUCUGUGAUAAGUUUUCUGUGGGUCAUUAUCCGAUGCUCUUUUGGGGACCUCCUUCUGAAUUUGUGGGCGGUGGUUGGGAACCUAAACGAGAAAAAAGUGACAUAGUCUUAAUUGAUGAUGGGCGUACUGCUGAUCGUUUACUUAAUUGGAUCAACAAGCAAAUGGGCAGCUCCUUCGGCUUGGAUGAUGAGAAAUUUGAAAAUGAGCAUCUUUCAUCAAAUGUCUCGGACACUGCACAGAUUGCUCGAGCUGUGUAUGAUGUAGAGGAAGCAACAGCCACUGCCUUCGACAUAAUCUUAGAACAUAAGAUGAUCAAAUCAGAGACUCGGGGUUCACUUAUUAAAUUUCUUCAACUGUUGGUGGCACAUCAUCCUUCUAGGAGGUGCCGGAAAGGAAGUGCAGAUGUGCUUGUGAACUUUGAUGAAUUGUUUCCUUCAGAUAUUUGGUUGGAACCUAAACAGGAGGAGAAUGAUGGAAAGAAUGAACUGGGUAGUUUUCAUAUUUGUGGAAAAGAUGUUCCUCGUGGAUAUUGGAUGUUCUGUCGUGGCAGCAAGAAUGAUACCAGGGGUUUCAGUUGUGGAUUGUGGGUUCUUCUACAUUCACUGUCAGUGAGAGUUGAUGAUGGAGAGAGCCAGUUUGCGUUUAAAUCUAUAUGUGAUUUUGUACACAAUUUCUUUAUCUGUGAGGAAUGUCGCCAGCAUUUUUAUGAUAUGUGUUCAAGUGUUUCUCAUCCCUUCAACAAAACCAGUGACUUUGCCCUAUGGUUGUGGAGUGCCCACAACAAGGUCAAUGAGAGACUGAUGAAAGAAGAAGCGUCUCUAGGAACUGGUGAUCCCAAAUUUCCAAAGAUGAUUUGGCCUCCAAAACAGCUCUGCCCAUCUUGUUUCCGCUCUCGUAACCCAAAGAACUAUGAAGUUGACUGGGAUCGGGACGAGGUUUUCAAAUUUUUGACUGGUUACUAUGGGAAAACUCUUGUUUCUCUUUAUAAAGAUAAGACCAUUCUGGGUAAGAACGGGAUUGAUGCAGCUUUGGAAGACUUAGUGGUCUCUACAAAUGCGGUUGUAGUGCCUGUUGGGGCUGCAUUGGCCAUUGCUGUUGCUAGCUGUGCAUUCGGAGCACUUGCUUGCUACUGGCGCUCACAGCAGAAGAGUCGGAAGUAUUUUCACCACCUACACUCUUUAAAGAACAUAUGAUAGUUAGGAGGGUAAUGACCUCUUUCAAAAAAAUUAAAGGCGGCAAAGUAAAAUCCGAAAAAACAAAAGGGGGAAAAAAAAAAAAAACUAAAAAAGAAAGAAAAAGGAUUAAAAAAAGUGGGUAUGGGAAAGAGAGUGAGAGAGAGUGAAGAGGAUUGGGAGAGAGGGGGGAGAGAGAGAGAGAGAGAGAGAGAGAGAGAGAUUGUUGGUGGUUUUUGUUUUCUUAUUUAUUUUUCUUCUUCCACCACAUUUCAGGCCAAGAAGAAACUGGAGCUAAGAUUGUUCUCUAAUGGCAAACCCAUGCACAGAGCAGGUGCAAUGAGAGUGAGGCUGAGUAGGAAAAUGCCAGAUACAGCCUUAUACCAGAAGACCUGUUUGAGGUCCUCUUCUGUACCCUAUUUCACGCUCUUUUUACAUCUCAACAUCCUAUAUGGAGUGUACAGAUUAAUUUUCAUCAAUACUAAAUUUUGGAGAAAGAAUUAUGUUUA